AUGCAGCUGCCCUCGCUCCUGCUCCUGGCCCUGGCUCCAGUCCUGAUCCGCUGCCAGCUGAUCCUGCCUGUGGACUGUAAUGACAUCUAUCACGAUGACAACAGCCAACCCAGCGGAGUGUACACCAUCUAUCCCAUCGGGGCCACCUCUGCGGUCCAGGUGUACUGUGACAUGACUUCAGUAGGAGGCGGCUGGACGGUGAUCCAGAGGAGGAUGGACGGCUCGGUGAACUUCUACAGGCCCUGGGCCGAGUACAAGUUGGGCUUUGGUGUCGCUGCUGGAGAGUACUGGCUCGGUCUUGAGAACAUCUUCCACCUGACACUGAGGCGAAGCUACGAGCUGCUGGUCGACAUGGAGGACUUCGAUGGAAACAAAGUGUCUGCCCGCUACUCCUCGUUCUCCAUUGAUCCAGAGAGCUACGGAUACAAACUGCAAGUGUCUGGUUUCACUGAUGGAGGAGCAGGAGACUCUCUGACUUAUCACAGCGGAUCUAAGUUUUCCACUAUGGACAAAGACCAGGAUGCCCAUAGUAGCAACUGUGCUCGACUUCUCCUGGGGCCUUUCUGGCACAACAGUUGUAACUAUGCAAACCCCAACGGUGUGUAUCGACGGGGGGCUGAUAAUACCCCCAGCCGUGUCGGAAUUGAGUGGUACCAUUGGAAGGGCUAUGAGUACUCCCUGAAGUCCAUCAGCAUGAAGAUCCGUCCUGUGAAGUAGUUCUUCCAGGACGUCAACACGCAGCAGAAUACUGAUCAGAAUGAAUUAGACCUCAGAUAAGUCACUCAAACAGCUUUCUCUGCUUUCUCUACUUCAGCUUUCUCUGAAUGAGUCCUGACAGCUGCAGUAGUGAGCAUUACUCUGAAUGUGAUGAUCUGCUGUGUGGUGACAAUAAAGGACAAGCUGAGCAGAAA